UUGUUAUAUCUUCUUUCUUAGUUGCUGGUCUGUGUUCAAGAUGAGUGGACUAGGUGAAAGCUCCUUGGAUCCGCUGACCACUGAGUCUCGAAAACGCAAAUUGCCUUGUGAUGCUCCAGGACAGGGGCUUGCCUACAGUGGUGAAAAGUGGAGACGGGAGCAGGAGAGCAAAUACAUAGAAGAAUUGGCUGAGCUGAUAUCUGCAAAUCUUAGCGAUAUUGACACUUUCAAUGUCAAACCAGAUAAAUGUGCGAUUUUAAAGGAAACAGUGAGACAGAUACGUCAAAUAAAAGAACAAGGAAAAACUAUUUCCAGUGAUGAUGAUGUUCAGAAAGCUGAUGUGUCUUCUACAGGACAGGGGGUCAUUGAUAAAGAUUCUUUAGGACCACUUUUACUACAGGCACUGGAUGGUUUUCUGUUUGUGGUGAAUCGAGAUGGCAACAUUGUAUUUGUGUCAGAAAAUGUCUCACAGUAUCUGCAGUACAAGCAGGAAGACCUGGUUAACACAAGUGUCUACAGCAUCUUACAUGAGCAGGACCGGAAGGACUUCCUUAAACACUUGCCCAAAUCCACAGUUAAUGGAGUUUCUUGGACUAACGAGACCCAGAGACAAAAAAGCCAUACAUUUAAUUGUCGUAUGUUGAUGAAGACACAUGAUAUUUUGGAAGACAUGAAUGCCAGUCCUGAAACUCGCCAGAGAUAUGAGACAAUGCAGUGCUUCGCCCUGUCCCAGCCUCGAGCUAUGCUGGAGGAAGGGGAAGACUUGCAGUGCUGUAUGAUCUGUGUGGCCCGCCGAGUGACUACAGGGGAAAGGGCAUUCCCAUCGAGUCCUGAGAGCUUUAUUACCAGGCAUGACCUUUCAGGAAAGGUUGUCAAUAUAGAUACAAACUCACUUAGAUCUUCCAUGAGGCCUGGCUUUGAAGAUACCAUCCGAAGAUGCAUCCAGAAAUUCUUCAGUAUGAAUGAUGGGCAGUCAUGGUCCCAGAAGCGUCACUAUCAAGAAGCUUAUAUUCAUGGCCAUGCAGAGACCCCAGUGUAUCGCUUCUCAUUGGCGGAUGGAACUAUUGUGAGCGCACAGACGAAAAGCAAACUUUUGCGAAAUUCUGUAACGAAUGAUCGUCAUGGCUUCGUCUCGACCCACUUUCUUCAGAGAGAACAGAAUGGGUAUAGACCGAACCCAAAUUCUGUAGGACAAGGCACCCGACCUCCUGCAGCAGGGUGUGGCGUGAGCAUGUCUCCCAAUCAGAGUGUCCAGACACUGGGCAGCAGGACCUAUGGUGUGGCGGACCCCAGCAACUCGGGGCAGAUGGGUGGAGCUAGGUAUGGGCCUUCCAGUAGCAUAGCCCCGCUGACCCCAGGACCAAGCCUGCAGUCACCGUCUUCCUACCAGAAUAGCAGCUAUGGACUCACCAUGAGCAGCCCCCCGCACGGCAGUCCUGGUCUUGGCCCCAGCCAACAAAACAUCAUGAUUUCUCCUCGUAAUCGCGGGAGCCCAAAGAUGGCCUCACUCCAGUUCUCUCCCGUUGCAGGUGUGCACUCUCCCAUGGGAUCUGCUGGCACUGCAGGGAGUCACAGCUUUUCCAGCAGCUCCCUCAGUGCCUUGCAAGCCAUCAGCGAGGGUGUGGGCACUUCUCUCUUAUCCACUCUGUCUUCACCAGGCCCCAAACUGGAUAACUCUCCCAACAUGACUGUAAAUCAACCAAGUAAAGUGAGCAGGCAGGACUCUAAGAGCCCACUAGGCUUGUACUGUGAACAGAAUGCAGUGGAGAGUUCAGUGUGUCAGUCAAACAGCAGAGAGCACCCCGGUGACAAAGAGAGCAAGGAGAGCAGUGGGGAGGGGCCGGAGACUCAGAGGGGUCCCCUGGAAAGCAAAGGCCACAAGAAACUGCUGCAGCUACUCACCUGCUCCUCCGAUGACCGAGGCCGUUCCUCCUUGACCAGCUCCCCCCUGGAUUCCAGUUGCAAAGACUCUUCCAUUAGUGUCACCAGCCCCUCUGGAGUGUCCUCCUCCUCCUCCUCCUCUUCCUCAGGAGCAGUGUCCUCCACCUCCACCGUGCAUGGCUCUCUACUGCAAGAGAAGCACCGGAUUUUGCACAAGCUGCUGCAGAACGGCAACUCGCCAGCGGAAGUCGCCAAGAUCACGGCAGAAGCCACUGGGAAAGACACUAGCAGUUCUGCUUCCUGUGGAGAAGGGAGUGUCAGGCAGGAGCAGCUGAGUCCCAAGAAGAAGGAGAACAAUGCCCUUCUCAGAUACCUGCUGGACAGGGACGACCCCAGCGAUGCUCUUGCCAAAGAACUGCAGCCCCAAGCAGAUGGCGGUGUCGGCAGCGACAGUAGGCUGAGUCAGUGCAGCAGCCCCACCAAUCCCAGCUCCAGCCAAGACAAAGACUCCAAAGUUAAGACGGAGACGAGGGAGGAGGUAUCUGGAGACCUGGACAAUCUAGAUGCUAUUCUUGGUGAUUUGACUAGUUCUGAAUUCUACAACAAUCCUGUAUCUACAAAUGGCAGUCAUCCAGGGACCAAACAGCAGAUGUUUGCAGGACCAAGUUCUCUGGGUUUGCGAAGUCCACAGCCUUUGCAGCCCGUUCGUCCUCCAUAUAACCGAGCCAUGUCUCUAGAUAGCCCUGUUUCUGUUGGCUCAGGUCCUCCAGUGAAGAAUGGCAGUGCUUUCCCUGUGUUACCAAAACAGCCCACGCUGGCUGGGAAUCCAAGAAUGAUGGAUAGCCAGGAGAAUUACGGUGCCAGUAUAGGAGGACCAAACAGAAAUGUUGCUGUGAACCAGACUUCUUCCUCAGGAGAGUGGGGCUUAGUUAACUCAAAGGCCAGCAGAAUGGAACCCAUGGGGUCGAGUCCCUUGGGAAGAGCAGGAGACUACAGUGCCACUUUGCCAAGACCUGCCAUGGGGGGCUCAGUGCCCACGUUGCCUCUUCGUUCUAAUAGAAUACCAAGUGCAAGACCAACGUUGCAGCAGCACCAGCAGCAGCAACAACAGCAGCAGAUGCUUCAAAUGAGAAGUGGUGAGAUUCCUAUGGGAAUGGGAGUCAACCCCUAUGGCCCAGCAGCACCAUCGAAUCAAGCAGGCUCCUGGCCAGAGGGCAUGCUGUCUAUGGAACAAGGUCCUCAUGGGACUCAAAAUAGGCCUCUUCUUAGAAAUUCUCUGGAUGAUCUGCUUGGGCCGCCUUCUAACCCAGAAGGCCAGAGUGAUGAAAGAGCUUUGCUGGACCAGCUGCACACACUCCUGAGCAACACAGAUGCCACAGGCCUGGAGGAAAUUGACAGGGCCUUGGGCAUUCCUGAGCUUGUGAAUCAGGGGCAAGCUUUGGAGGCCAAACAAGACAUUUUUCAAGGCCAAGAAGCAGCAGUGAUGAUGGACCAGAAAGCAGCACUCUAUGGACAGACGUUCCCAGGCCAGGGUCCUCCAGUGCAAGGAGGCUUUAACCUUCAGGGACAGCCAUCUUUUAACUCCAUGAUGAAUCAGAUUAGCCAGCAAGGCAGCUUUCCUCUCCAAGGGAUGCAUCCCAGAGCCAGCAUUGUGAGACCACGGACAAACACCCCAAAGCAGCUGAGAAUGCAGCUUCAGCAGAGGCUGCAGGGUCAGCAGUUUUUAAAUCAGAGCCGGCAGGCACUUGAAAUGAAAAUGGAAAACCCUACUGGUGGUGCUGCUGUGAUGAGGCCCAUGAUGCAGCCCCAGCAGGCUUUCUUUAAUGCUCAGAUGACUGCCCAGCAAAAGCGAGAGCUGAUAAACCAUCACCUGCAGCAGCAGCAGCAGCAGCAGAGAAUGGCAAUGAUGAUGUCACAGCCGCAGCCUCAGGCCUUCAGCCCACCCCCCAAUGUCACCGCUUCUCCUAGCAUGGAUGGGGUUUUGUCAGGACCAGCAAUGCCUCAAGCCCCCCCGCAGCAGUUUCCAUAUCCAACAAACUAUGGGAUGGGACAACCACCAGAUCCAGCCUUUGGGCGAGUAUCCAGUCCUCCCAAUGCAAUGAUGUCAUCAAGAAUGGGGCCUUCCCAGAAUGCCAUGGUGCAGCAUCCUCAGACUGCACCCAUGUAUCAGUCCUCAGAAAUGAAGGGGUGGCCAUCAGGGAACCUGGCCAGAAGCAGCUCCUUCCCCCAGCAGCAGUUUGCUCCCCAGGGGAACCCUGCAGCAUACAGCAUGGUCCACAUGAACAACAGUGCUGCUGGGCACUUGGGACAGAUGAACAUGGCCCCCAUGCCCAUGUCCGGCAUGCCCAUGGGGCCUGAUCAGAAAUACUGCUGACAUCUCCCUAGUGGGACCGGUAAGGAAAUCACUGUACAAAUGACACUCACUGCACAGGACCAUCGUGAGGUAACCAAGGACCAGCUUGACCACCAGGGUGUUCCAGUGCUGUCAUUUGAGUGGGACUGGGUCUCAAGCUGAAGUGCACUGUCUACCUGAUGCCCUGCCUCUGUGUGGCAUGGUGUUCUGCCUCCUGGGGAUGUGAUUCUGGAGAUAGGAAUUGCAUAGCCACCAGUCUCCCGGGUCACUUCCUUCUGCCUCGCCAGCCAAAGUCUUCACAUAAAUCUAGGUGGCUAGGGUUUCUGUCUUGUAGCAGUGGACAAGGGGCAGUCUGUCUACAAGGGCUUGUCACCAAGUAGUUCUGUGUCGCUCUUCCGUCCGGGGGAACCAGUGUUUCUGCGCUCUUGCCCUUUACAGGUGUAGUCCCCAGAGUCUGUUGUCUUAGGUUUUCUCCUGAUGAGGUCCCGAUACCCUGUACUUCUCAAGGAUUUGUCAUUGAUGUUAAAUGGCUUUGCAGAAGGGAAAAUGACAAUACUGACUUUUCCCAUGCUGAUGUGCAGCCAAGUGCACUUUACUUAGGAAAUCGAGGAGAAAUGCAAUAUUCCCGAGGGCGUGAGGAAUGGUGAGCCACGUUCCUGGUUUUUGUCUGCACUAAUCUGUUAGGACAAGAACAUGAUUGUUGUUUGUUUGUUUGUUGUUUUCUUUCAAGUACUGGCGUCACCCUUUGCCUAUAUGGUAGAGCAAUAAUGCUUUGAAAUAAACUUGUGAAACCCAA